CCCGUCCAGAGCUCCCACUUUCCGUCCUCUCCUGCGGGCGUCGGGCCUCAGGACCCUCACCUGCACACCUAACCCCGCGGUGCACGUCCCUCGACCCCACUCCCUGAGACCACGGUCCCCAACCUCCCUAGCCUGGUGCCUCGGGGCUCCGCUCCCGCUUCCUCGGUCUCUUCCCCCUUGAGGGCGCCGCUGGCCAGCUCCCUCUCCCUCGGCGUUUUUCCUUCCCCUCCCCGUGAAGUUUCGGGGCUGUCAGUCUGUCAGUCUUUCGGGCAGUCGGCACCCGGGCUGCAGGCAGCGGGCGCCAUUGUGAGCAGAGCCGGCUCGGGCAGGAGGCCCGGGCGCCUGGGUCCCCGUAGCUGGCUGCAGCGCGGCGACCCGUCGGCCCGCCAGUGACAGCUGGAGGACCCAGGAAAUGAAGUUUCCCACUCCCCACCCUGGUUUCCCACCCUCCACCCUCUCCCCAGAGAAUGGUUCCUGCCAGUCCCCAGGGUCUGUGACCUGAUCUCCAGGAGGGGCUACUCCCUGUUGCCAUGAGAGAGACUUUGGAGGCCCUCAGCUCUCUGGGAUUCUCUGUGGGACAGCCAGAGAUGGCCCCCCAAAGUGAGCCCAAGGACAGGUCUCAUAAUGUCCAGGGGCAGAUGUCCUCCUCCAGUGAAGAGAGAACACUGGGUACAUGCUCAGGGCCUGAAGCCCCUGAUCCAGAGGAAGGAGCCCAGACCGAACAAGCUGAGGCUCCCAGCAGAGAAGGACAGGCAUGUACUCCACAGAAGGCUGAGCCUGUGGGCUCCUGCUCAGGAGACGAAUGGAUGAUUCGGAAGGUGAAGGUGGAGGACGAGGAACCGGAGGCAGGAGAGGCAGUCGAAUGGCCCCAGCAUCUCUCGUUACUUCCCAGCCCUUUCCCAGCGCCUGAACUGGGACAUCUGGCUGCUGCAUACAAACUGGAGCCAGGGGCCACGGGGGCAUUAGGCGGGAUCGCGCUGUCCGGGUGGGCCCCGAUCCCGGAGAAGCCAUAUGGUUGCGGGGAGUGCGAGCGGCGCUUCCGGGACCAGCUGACGUUGCGGCUGCACCAAAGGCUGCACCGGGGCGAGGGCCCCUGCGCCUGCCCGGACUGCGGCCGCAGCUUCACUCAGCGCGCCCACAUGCUGCUGCAUCAACGCAGCCACCGCGGGGAACGGCCUUUCCCGUGUUCCGAGUGCGACAAGCGCUUCAGCAAGAAGGCCCACCUGACCCGCCACCUGCGCACACACACGGGCGAGCGACCCUACCCGUGCGCGGAGUGCGGCAAGCGCUUCAGCCAAAAGAUACACCUGGGUUCGCACCAGAAGACCCACACAGGCGAGCGGCCCUUCCCCUGCACUGAGUGUGAGAAGCGCUUUCGCAAGAAGACGCACUUGAUCCGGCACCAGCGCAUCCACACCGGCGAGAGGCCCUAUCAGUGCACGCAGUGCGCACGCAGCUUCACGCACAAGCAGCACUUGGUGCGGCACCAAAGGGUGCACGAAGCAGCUAGUCGAGCCCAGCCCUCUCCCGACGCGCCUUCUUCGCCGCAUUCCCCCGCCGAGUCCUCCACCCCGUCCCCUCCUGGACCGAAACCUUUCUCCUGCUCUGACUGUGGCCUGAGCUUCGGCUGGAAAAAGAACCUCGCCUCACACCAGCGUCUGCACCGCAGCGAAGGUCGCUCCUUUGGGUGCGACGAUUGCUCACUGGGAGCCACCGUGGACCCUGCUGCCCCCGAACCCUUAGCCUGCGUGCCCCGUGGGCCAAGUUGUGGGCCAAGUUGCGGCCCUGCGUCGGGCACAGUGACGCCCCAGCGCACCCCCUCGGGCGAAAGGUCUUUCUUCUGCCCUGACUGCGGGCGCGGCUUCGCCCACGGACAGCACCUGGCGCGGCACCGGCGCGUGCACACGGGCGAACGGCCCUUCGCCUGCGCGCAGUGCGGUCGCCGCUUUGGCUCGCGGCCCAAUCUCGUCGCCCACUCCAGGGCCCACAGCGGCGCCAGGCCUUUCGCCUGUGCUCAGUGUGGCCGCCGCUUCAGCCGCAAGUCCCACCUGGGCCGUCACCAGGCGGUGCACACAGGCAGUCGCCCCCACGCCUGCGCCAUCUGCGCCCGCAGCUUCAGCUCCAAAACCAACCUGGUCCGCCACCAAGCGAUCCACACCGGCUCCCGCCCUUUCUCCUGCCCUCAGUGUGGCAAGAGCUUCAGCCGUAAGACCCACCUGGUGCGGCACCAGCGCAUCCACGGCGAAGUGGUGCACCAGGCCUCGGAGACCGACCUCUCCGCCCCAGCCUGGCCGGCUCCUACAGAGGUGGCACCGCCCCCGCUCUUCUUCUGAGCCGAGUUCUCACUAGGAUCCUUCCUUUGCUCACAGAUUCCAGAGAAUUGUGCGCCAGAGGGCCUGGCCUGCCCUCCCUUGGCCACCGUCCUAUCUUCAGUGUCUAGGGAGAUGUCCGCAGAGCCUACCCAGCUUUGACUUUCAUGACAAAGAUAGUGCAGAGAGAACCCCUGCGGCUCAUGUGGGAAAGCAGACAUUUCCUAAGCCAGGAAUGGUCAAGAGCCGGCUGGGUGGAGAACCUCUACCCAGAGUGAAAGAAUCUGUGUACUUCAAGUGGUAUUAAAGUUCUAAUCUGCA